UCGCCGCUACCGGAGUGCUGCCAUAUUGGUAAAGGUAUUGGAACGGGGGUAGGACGGAACUUCCUGUCCUCGGGGGAUCAAGAGGCGGGACUGCCACGUCCGAGCAAACCGGGAAAGGAAAGGAUCCCGGAGACGCGUGAUGGCCAGAGGCCUGGGGGUCCCCCACUGGGUGGCCGUGGGACUGCUGACCUGGGCGGCCUUGGGGCUGCUAGUGGCCGCACACGGGGGUCAUGGCGACCUGCACGAGGACCUGCACGAGGACUUCCAUGGCCACAGCCACUCACAUGAGGAUUUUCACCAUGGACACAGCCAUGCCCACGGUCAUGGCCACACUCACGAGAGCAUCUGGCAUGGGCAUGCUCACGGUCACGACCACGGACAUUCACAUGAGGAUUUGCACCAUGAUCAUAGCCAUGGUCACUCCCAUGAGAGCCUCUACCACAGAGAACAUGGACAUGAUCAUGAGCACAGUCAUGGAGGCUAUAGGGAGUCUCGGGCUCCAGCCAUCAAGCAGGACCUAGACACUGUCACUCUCUGGGCCUAUGCACUGGGGGCCACAGUGCUGAUCUCUGCAGCUCCAUUUUUCGUCCUCUUCCUUAUCCCCGUUGAGUCAAACUCCCCCCGGCACCGGUCUCUGCUCCAGAUCUUGCUCAGUUUUGCUUCUGGUGGGCUCCUGGGAGAUGCCUUCCUGCACCUGAUUCCUCACGCUUUGGAACCUCAUUCUCAUCACCCUCAAGAGCAGUCCGGACAUGGACACUCUCACAACAGCCAGGGCCCCAUUCUCUCUGUGGGCCUAUGGGUCCUCAGUGGAAUUGUUGCCUUUCUUGUGGUGGAGAAGUUUGUGAGACAUGUGAAAGGAGGACAUGGGCACAGUCAUGGACAUGGACAUGCUCAUGGUCACACACACGGAAGUCAUGGACAUGGAAGACAGGAGCGUUCUUCAAAGGAGAAGCAGAGUUCAGAAGAAGAAGAAAAGGAGGCAGGGAGGUUGAGGAAGCGGGGAGGAGGAAGCACAGGGCCCAAAGAUGGGCCAGGGAGACCUCAGAAUUCUGAAGAGCUAAAAACAGGUUCAGGUGAGAGCCAAGACCUGCGUGUAUCAGGAUACCUGAAUCUGGCUGCUGACCUGGCACACAACUUCACAGAUGGUUUGGCCAUUGGUGCUUCAUUUCGAGGGGGUUGGGGAUUGGGAAUCCUGACUACAAUGACUGUCCUACUACAUGAAGUGCCCCAUGAAGUCGGAGACUUUGCCAUCUUAGUCCAGUCUGGCUGCAGCAAAAAGCAGGCAAUGCGUCUGCAACUACUGACGGCAAUAGGGGCACUGGCAGGCACAGCCUGUGCCCUCCUAACUGAAGGAGGAGCAGUGGGUAGUGAAAUUGCAGGUGGUACAGGUCCUGGUUGGAUUCUGCCAUUCACAGCAGGUGGUUUUAUCUAUGUAGCAACGGUGUCUGUGUUACCUGAGCUAUUGAGGGAGGCAUCACCACUGCAAUCACUUCUGGAGGUGCUAGGGCUGCUAGGGGGAGUUGUCAUGAUGGUGCUGAUUGCCCACCUUGAGUAAGAAGUGGGAUAAACGGAUAAACUGCCCCCACCCUAGCCUCAAACCUCUACCCUCUUAAGUACUCUAGAAUGGGUCUGUAGAAGUUGGGGGCCCUGGCUAGGAAAGUGGUGACUUUGGUAUGGGGGCUGUCAAGAUGUGCUGACCACCUUGUUGGGUUUGGGGGGCUAAAUGGAAGAGACCAGUGAUGGUAGCCUACCCUGUGUCCCCUACCCCACCUGUUCCCAGAGGACCAAGCUGCCACACACAAGCUUCCCCAAAGUCUUCCUCCUUCCCUUCCACCUGUUGGUGGAGGCUUCAGGGAAGACCAGAGUCCUGGACAGAGGGCAGCAGGAGUAGUUGGGGAUAAACGUCAAUUAAACAUCAAUCGUGUGUCAUAAUUUUGAGGGGGGAUGUUAGUUGCUAAUCUCAUGGCCUGAUUUUUUUUGUUUUUUUAUAUCGUUCUUUUAAUCGAGGGGGGUUGGGAUGGUGACCGGAAAUAAAGUGCUCGGAUCUUC